UAUGUAUUACGCUUACGCUUACACCUACCUUACCAUACUGCUGCAUUCACGAUACCCUGAUGCACACUACACACCGCGACGCGACUGUACUUGUUUGAAUCAGAAGUCAAUCUCCAACGAAUAGUAGAUUUGAAUAAAAAGUCAAAUCAGAAGAAAAAAUAUCAAUGUUGAUUAACAAAUUGGCGAAGAGUGAGCAGGUUAUUGUGACGUUAGAUAUAUAUACAGUGAAAAACUAUAAAAACGAGAUAACACAACGAAAAUGUUGAUUUACGACGUGUUGCACAAGGAAAAAGUAUAUCGGAGUGUCGCUAGCGAUCUCCGUGACUUAGGGGUUAAACAUCGUUUGAAAAAGAACGCGAUAAAAAGCGAGAAGGUUGAGAGGAAUCGGACGAGUUCGCGUAAAGUUUUUAAAGUUUCAUUAUCCUAUCAAGCCCUGGACGUGGUGAAUUUAUCUUCCGGAGCGAUUGUUCACGUACCCGUCUUCGUCUGUCAAGCAACCGCUUAUCUCGAAAAUUUCUUGUUUCACGAAGGUCUUUUUCGCAAAGCGGGCUCGCAUGCAAGACAGAAAGAACUAAUAGGACGUCUCGACGCGGGUGGUACAUUGGGUGAUAAAAACCAUGCUAUCGACGUUGCCAAUUGCUUAAAGACUUUCUUUCGCGAUUUGCCCGAACCUCUCAUACCUUAUGCUUAUCACGAUCUCUUCGUACGAUGUCUCGUUCUUCGUACUCGCACCGUUCAAGCCCUCUUACUCGCUUGCAUUCUUUUGCCGCCAUUGCAUCUCAAUACGCUUGCUUUCUUCAUGGGUUUCUUAAAAAAAGUUUGUCUGCAUGAAAACCUCAACAAAAUGAGUGCAGAAAAUUUGGCUACCGUUAUCGGCCCUAAUAUUAUGCCACUCCAAGAAACUACUAUGUCCGCUGUCCAGGCUAGACUCGAAGCUCACCUAGUCAUUGUCAAGCUUCUUAUAGAGAACGCGGAUAACAUUGGUGUUCUACCUGAGCACAUAUCAGAGACAAUCAGCGCUGAAACCAUUGGCAGUGUUGAAACAGAACUCGACAAUUCUGAUCCACUGACUCGUGGACGAAACAAGAAGAAAAAACAUCGCAGUGGUAGCUUGACAAGAAUGUUCAAUGGUCUCAAAAAAAUGGUUGGAAAAAGUGGUUCGCCGAUCGAAGUCGGACAGCCAAAUAAUCAGUUAGUCCCAGCAGAAUUGGAUCCUUUGCAAACACCAUUGAUAAAAGUUGGUAAAAAGCGGAAGGUUCUAGAACCCACCGUUGGACCGGUUAGCGUUAAAAAAAAACGAGAUAUAACGAACGCAAUGUCUACCCGCACGAAUCAGAAUCCUCGAAUUCUACGCACUUCUCCGGUCUGUAGCAACCCAAACCCCGCUAGGGAGAGAAGUCCGGUACACAAGUCCAAGGUCCGAAAAUACUUGGCGCAAAAAGUUCAUUCUGAAGUACGAAUUUUCGAUAAGGUUGAAAAACCAAAGAAAAUGAGAAUGAGUUUGGAACGUUUGUACUCGAGAAGCAAGCAGAGGAUCGCGGAUUCCGAAAUGGACGAAUCCUGCAAAGAGCCUUACAGUCCUUGUAUCGAAAGACGUUGGAGUUCAGCGAGCGGUGCAUCGGCAUCGAAAAAAAGUCGCAACAAAAAAGUGGAAAUAGUAAAAAAAGGAAUAGAGUCGCCAUUGAUGAGAAAGUCAACGACAUUGGUAAACGUUCGUGACGAUUACGAUCGUAUUUUUAUGGAGGCUGAUGUAAAUUUGUCAGACGAUUGUAACGAACAAGCAACUACUAGCUCAACGAAUCAUCAAGGACAAUCUAUAAGAAGAACGAUUGAGGACAAACAUAUAAUAAGCCAUCGUACGAGUAAUUGUCGACGGUCAUUGGAUGCUUUUUUAUUGGCGGCAACGACGAAAGAACGCACCGCGGAUAACGAGAAAACACCGAAACACGAUAAGAAAUUGCGUUCGUUGUGUCGGCGGAUGUCGGUCAACGAAUUUACGAAAAAUUCAACGAAAACAUUGGGAGAAAUGAGCAACGUGGAUUCUUGCAUUUUAUCAAAAAUUUCAACGGACGAGGAAUAUGUGAGAAUACCAAAGAGCGAGUACGAGGAAAUAAAAAGCAGAGUAUCGGCAAUAGAAUCGCGUAUAUCCCAAGAAUUUGGUUGUAUUGCGAACGUAAGCGCUGAGACCGAAACUGGAAGUUCGGUGAGUAAAGUGCAAAACGAAUACGAGAAAACACUGGGCGAGGCGAGUAUCGAGAGUACCAUAACGGCCGAUAAUUUAGCCAAGAGGUUGAGCAAGGAAUUGAAAAUUCGUCGUUCCAGCGAGCAUAAAAUAAUAAGAUCGCCAAGUGCUCGUAAAAUAGGUAUUUUGCGAAGAAGAUCCCAGGAGAAAGCGCCAUCCAGAAGAGUUAGUCGCAACGCCUCUUGGCACAUAACUCAAAGAACAGUCUCCCAAAGCGAUGGGAAAAACGUGGACAAUCGAUUGAACAAUGUUUAUCAAUCACCAAGAAGAGAACGAGGAAUAAGUUGUGAUUACUAUCAAGAUCAAUCGAGGCUGCAAACGGACUCUUUGUGUAGCGAAGAGACCAAUGCCAGAUUAAAUUAUCUUCAAGAACAAUUGCACACUCUGAUUAAUCAUACGACUGAGCAUACACGGGGAUCUUUCAGCGACGAAGACAACUGCACCGGCGACGAUGACCAAAAUGUUUACCAAAUUGAAACUAACACGCUGAAUCGUCGUGUGCGUCGAGCCUCCUCUUUUCACGGUAAUGAAUUCAUCGAUAAUUCCCGAUAUUUCAAUAACCGUGUCAAAGAGUUGAAAAAGACCAACAGUCAUCAAAACGUAUGCGACGAUUCUCGCGACGAUGUAAUGCCGAAAAGUCAUGAAAAGCCGAAAACAAUCUCGUGGAAAGACGCCGCCGGUUAUUUCAAAUCUGAAGUCCGCUCAAAUUUUGGCACUCCGGUUCAACAAACAGGCAGGGCAUCGAUAGCUAAAUUGAGAACUCAAAACGCUGGUAUGGUAUUGGCUAAAGCGAAAUUGUUUGACGACAACGAAAUACGAAAGGUUUGUGAAACAGUGGUUGACAAGAAAAUUCAAGUCAAUGGCGAGCCGAUGAAACAAAUGGGAAAAAUGUUGCCGGGUUCGCGAGGAUUGAAGAAUCAUGAGGUUGAAAAUACUUCGCCUAGAAAAGUAACAAGAAGAAAAACAUCGAAAAGUCCGAAAAAUAAUAACGCCAGAAUGAGAAUAACAUCAUCAUCGAAUGGCCAUUAUUCGCCUGUUAUUAAAAUGGAAUUAACGAUACUGCCGUCCGAACGAGAAUCCCGGCAAACUCCUGAAAAACGAGCAACUUGUCGUACAUGGCAAAACUCGGAGCCAGAGAAUCGUUCGUCCGUGCAUUCCUCCAAUGGUAAAUAUGAAAAUUCGAUCAUCAGAAGAGACAAAGCACAUAUCGAAAAUAUCGUUACAUGCGAUAAUGAAAAGUUCUCGAAACCUCGGGGAUUCGACGAGAAUUCAUCGCCUGCCACGAAUUUUCAAGAUUCAAACAUUAAUGUGUACAAUCCUGAGGCUAAUUCAGCAUGCAAAACUCCGCAUAUAAAACGAGCCCUCGGCACCAAAACGCCCAAGAGCGUGAGAUCUUUGGCGAGGAGGCCAAUCGUCGAUACCCGGAGAACUCCUCUCAAAGCAGUCCCAACGUUGACAACACCAAAACGUCAUAGUCCGAGAAACGUUUUAAAAUCCAGACACCUUAGCAAGCCAUUCGAUUGACGCUAUUUAUCAUUUCAAAUUAUUUUCAUGAAAAUCGCAUCAAUCCCUCAAAGUGCCAUUGUACAAAGUUGAAAAUAACAAUGUGUCGAGCAUCUCGAUUCAAAAGUCUUACGAAAAUUCACGCUUUACGAUCAUAAACUCCUCAAUAAAAUAAUAAUAAGUGGGUAGAAUACUCGAUUUUCAUUAUCUAACAAAUCUUGCACUCUUGGACAAGACUUAUGAACAUGACUUUUUUUCAUUUACAAGAUUAAAACUACAGGUCUUCUGUGAAGACCUCUUCAAAUAAAGCUCCGACUUCGGAGAUAUUUCGAAAUCGAAAAUAAUGAAAAACUUUUUUAUUUUUUUAUUUUAUUUUUAUCAUACAUUUACGUAUAAUCUUUCCCCCAACACCCACUCUUGUCGUUUGACAUCAUCACGGCAUUUUCCUCCAACAACAACAGCAACAUCGAUAAUUACGAUAGUAAUAAUAAUAAUAAUAACAUAAAAAAAAAAAAUUCUCACUUUUCGCGUCUUCUUUUUAUAGACAUGUAGUACGAUAAGCCACGUGUAAGGCAAGAUAAAUGUAGAAAUACACUUUUUUUUCCUA